AUGUCUGGGUAUCAUUUCCUUUACCCAUCACAUCACACACAUUCAACAUCGAAUUCAUCCAAACGACCACGUACAAGUACAGCUAGUGCAAAACAAACUGUUACAGCACUUAAAAAACUUUUUUCAUAUACACGUUAUGAUUGGAAUUUUCUUUUAAUAUUACCACCAACGGUUCCUGUUUGGUUUUGUGUUAUUAAUCGUAUACAAAAAGCAGUAGAAAAACUACUUCGUAAACGUGAAAAGCGUCUUGAUGUUAUUCUAACUUAUUUUCUUGUUGAAACAAAACCUGUAUCAACUUUAUCACAAAGUAAAUUCUAUGAUUUAUUAACUUCAAAAACAAAAUACCUUCUUUCGCAUCCUGUUUGUCAAUUGGUUACUGAACUCCGCAAACAAUUUAAUUGUAAUACUCAAAUGAAUAUGAAUCUUCAACCAAAUAUUAUACUAGACUUACAAUUACUUAAACAAGGUAUACGUGUAUCAUGUCGUGAAUGGGCUCAAACAAUUAAACAACAACCACAUAAAAUUAUUGUUCAACCACCUUCAUCAUCAACAACAACAUCACCUAUCAAUAGUAUAUUACCAACAACUAGUAAUGAUCAAGAACAACCACCAGCUGUUGUACGAGCACCAACAAUGGUUGAUCGUGUUCAACGUUUAAUUGGACAUGAAUUUGUUACAGCACAUCCACGUCCUCCAACACAUAUACCAACUAAACAACAUGAUGGAUAUGAUAGUUCAAUAACAAAUGGUUCAGCUAUUCAAAGACGUACAACAGUACAAAAUACACGAUCAAAUAUAAACAAUAAAGACACAACGAUCGAAAUGAAUAAUGACAACAAUGAUUUAUCUGGAGGUGAUGGUCGACGUGCAUCAAGUUUUCUAGCUGAUGCUAUACGACGUUUUGAACCAGCAGUUAAUGUAAACAAUACAAAUGGUUACAAACGUUUAAGUGUUGGUCAUGAUGAAUCAGAUUUUGAAGGUAAUACAAGUGGUAUACGAUUAAAUGAUAGUAAUCAUGAUAAUGAAACAACUUAUUAUACGGAUAUAACACGUGAAUAUGCUGGUUCAGUUGAACAAUUAUUUAAAAUUUUACUUGAAUAUGCUGAUGUAGAAAUAUCUGUUUCAUCAUCAAUCGAACCAUUAUUUGAAAAAUUAGUACUUUUUGUAACUAAUUUAAGUGUUCAAAGUAUUUGUAGACAAUCACCUGAAUAUGAUCAAUUACAUUCUGCUAAUGUACAAGCUGGUACACGUGCUCAACGUGUACAACACGAAGUAAAGUUAUCACUUAUACGUCUUAUUUAUCAAUUUUAUACAGUUGUUGGUAAUGCACUUGAAUAUACAGGUAUUGAUGAAAUAACAAAAUUUGAUACAAAUACAAAUGAACAACAAAAUGAUUCUACUAUUCUUACAUUUGAAAAUGGUAUUCAAAUUCUUGUUUUAAGAUCACUUGACCCGAAUAUCCUUCAUCUUGAUAAUAAUGAAUUAGAUAAUUCUGAACGACAAUGUUGGAAAAAAUUACGUGAACUUGUUUCUAAUUAUAGAAUUGUACCAGAAAUAAAACCAAAUCAACCAUCAAUAAUAUCACGAAAACAGCAACGAAGUGGUUCACAACCACCAAAUGAACAUGUACCACAACAACAACAUCCAACACGUCAUAUGGCAAUAAAUGUAACAAAUGAAACACUGUUACUUUCAUCAUUUGGUUGGUUAAUUAUUGAUGAAAUACAUUAUGCACCUUCGUUAGGUGGUUUAAAAGUUAAUGGUUGUAUGAAAAAAGUUCAAGAAAAUGUUAGUUUAUCACAAAGACUUUGA